AUGGUAGAUGUUGUGUUCCUGUGCAUUGCUUGUGUUGUCGUCCUUUGUGUCAUACAACUACUUCGACUGAUCACCGCGGACUGUGACCUGGUGCUACAAUGGGCAUCAAAAUUUGGAAAAUCUGCAAAAUGCCUGAGAGGUAAAGUGGUGUGGGUGACUGGGGCCUCCAGCGGUAUUGGGGAGUCCCUCGUUUACGAGCUGGCAUCUGUUGGAUGUCGUCUGGUGCUGUCUGCCCGUCGAGAAGAGGAGUUGAACAGAGUAAAGAAGCAAUGUCUGACAUGUGGCCCGCUUCAAGACAAUGACAUCAUGGUGGUGCCAUUGGACAUGGUGAAGCAACAUGAGCAUGCAGAUGCUGUCAAGAAAGUCCUCCAGCAUUUUAAACAGAUAGACAUUCUGGUGAACAACGCUGGCCGCUCACAGAGAGCUGAAUGGGUGAAAACAUCCGUUGACGUUGAUCGUGAGAUGCUGGAAACCAAUGUCCUGGGACCCUUAUCACUGACUAAAGCUGUCCUUCCCGACAUGAUAGCUCGGAGAGACGGUCACAUUGUGGUCAUGAGUAGUGUUGCUGGCAAAAUGGGAGCUCCGUUGUUAGGAUCGUACACAGGCUCUAAACAUGCGAUACAGGGCUGGUUUGAUUGUCUGCGGGUGGAGCAGUAUUCCAACAACAUCAACGUGACAAUGGUCUGUCCUGGACCUGUCUUUUCCAACCUACUGGCUAUUGCCAUGACUGAGGAGAAAGGAAAGGUCGUGGGAACUGAGAUGAAAGUUGGGGAGAAAAGGGUGGCGACGUCCAGGUGUGCCGGUCUCACAGCAGUCGCCAUCGCCAAUCAGCUGGAUGAGGUGUGGAUUGCCCUCCACCCAGUACUGGCCUUCGCCUACAUGUUCCAGUACUUUCCAUCCUGGGCAAAAAGACUGGGCUGUAAGAUGGGCCUUGCCCACAUGAAGAAGAUAAGAGAGGGUAUGUAGAGGAUGAGGCUACCAGCUCCGACCAUCACUCAUCAGUCCACAGUAUACGCUCCCCUGACCGACCACACAACUGGGAAGUUAGAUACGAUAACACCAGGCUCAAUGAGCCACAUGUCUGGCUUACUGAUUGACUGAUAAUGAGGCAAUGUCCAAAUGUAUAGCUCGGUUUCUGAAUCCAAUCUUUGAUGUGUGAUAAUUAUGGCUUUCUGAUCACGUAGUUUCGAAAUAGAUGUAGGUAUUGUAUAUAACUACAUAAUUACCCUUGUACAUUUAAAUGUUAACAGGCCUCGGUACUUUCAUAUGUCCAGUCUGUCAAUCUUUAAUGACUGAAUUGCAGUGCUUCUCAAAAGUGUGGAAUAUAAUGACAUCUCAGGCUUCUUGCAUUGGAUUCAUUGAUGCGGGAACUGUGUUUCACGUUCAAGUUAUUUUGAUGACGAUGAUGACGAUGAUGAUGAUGAUGUGAUUAUGAAUUUAUACACCAUGGUUUUCUGCACUUGAAACUUAGGUUUCUUUCAUGUUAAGCCCAAAGGCUAAGGGGCAGUGGGGUAGCCUAUUGCCUAAAGUGUUUAUUCUUCAUGCCAAAGAUCUGUGUUCAAUUACCCACAUGUUUGUAUGAAUUUCGUGAGACUUUUUAUUGAAAACGGCAUAAUUUCCAGUGUUCCUUGGGUGGAGGGGUAUUUUAGUGGUUAAGGUAUUCGUCCUUCCAUACACAUGAUAUGGUAGAAAUAUGUUUUAGUCUUGCACAUCCUUUUCUAUAUGAUGAAAAAAUCACUCUACAUAUUCAUACCAAGAGUUCGUGUAUCUUCUUCAAUCCCUGUAACUCCAGUCGAUGGGUAAAAGGUUUAUAUAACAUAUAAUGCCUCCGAUCUCACAUCUUUUCAUAUUCAUAAAAUCUAAUAAUAAAACUGUUGUUGAUUUAAGUCUAGUUAAAUUGCACAACAAUGGGGAUGAAGGUGCUGUGCUUUUGUAGAAAAUAUGAAAAGUAAACACUUUGAAUGCAA